UCGGUCUCAUCAGAAUAGCAACAUGCCAAAGACCAGUUCGGGAGCUGAGAAACGAGCGGCCGAUGCCGCCGCAGUUGCAGCGACAGAUAAAUCAAAGUUUGACCAGCCACCCCAGAAGAAACACAAAAAGGACACUCGACUGUAUUUGGAUAUGACAGUGACUCCGCUGUUGUUUGAGGCGCUCACAGAGCUAGCUGAAAUCAGGCCGGACGAUCCCGUACAGUAUCUGGCACAAUAUCUACUAGACAACAAACAUCGUGUGCUAAGACCCAAUGGCGAGGAUGAUGAGACGGGCAACAAAUAAUAGAGAUACAUACACUUGAGUAUAUGACAUGCCUAUCUCUAUAUAUAGAUCUGCGCCUACAUCUGGGCGUAUAGAUGGCAAUGUAUAUACACGUGUACACAGUUUUACAGCAAUGUUCGCUAUACAAACGCAGGCUGCCCGAUGUCUGUCGCGGCUCCCGCCCGAUCCCCAGCACGAGAAUGACAUAACUAACAACCUCUUCUGUUAAAUAAGUGGAGCGGCUUUUCCGAAUCCCUGACAAUAUGUUACCGACAACCUCCGCGCAUACUACGUACCGUAGUAAUCGGGCAGCACUUAUUGAGCGUAGGCGAUACCCUACAACCACAUGCAAUGGUAUAGUGAUUAGUAUACGCAUGAUACAAACGGUUGAGCAAAGUGAUUGGCUCUUGGGGCGUGCGCUUAUCCUGCAUGCUUGAGGUAUCUGAACAUAUGCGCCUUCACGUCGCAUGCAAGGAAAGUAUAUGAGUUUUCGCCACACACUUCGGGUCCGCUAUUGCCGAUGCACCAGGUUCAUCUUCUAGCUCCUCCGUUGUUUCGGUCACAUGUGCAUGG